UUUAAAUAGACGUUCAAGCCCUAGGUUCCCCAAUCUUCAAAUGUUCAUUCAAGUUCAGGCUCACUCCUUCGGUUCCUCCCUCGUUCUUGUUCUUCAAUUUCAGACACUCCUCCUCAGAUUUCGUCCUCGCAAGUCGCUCUCUUCCCUCAUUCUUAGUCAUCGAUUUCACCAUUUUGGCCGCUCCCCCUCACCCUUCAUCUCCCCUCCUUUGGCAAAGUCGUUCUGCGAAGAAGCGAAGUCAUCUUACGAGCGAGGUGCAGGUGAGUAAGCGCAUCGCAUUCCCUACAUGUUCCCACUGCUCGAAAUCCUUCCCCUCAUGGUCCCUACUGGAAUCGUUAUUUUUAUGCUUCGAUUAAACUUGCUUAUGUUUUUUCUGCCUAUGCUUCUGAUUCCAUUUCCAUUUUUCUGAAAAUGCCAUCCCAUUUCCCCUCGAAAUUAGCUCGGCUUUUGAUUAGACUUUAGAUAGGUUUUGGUCUCUGCUUAACUCUUUUAACUUAUUGUUAUCUACUUAUCUUUCUCCAUUAAAGAAACUAUGGAUAUUUAACUAGCUCGUGUGUUUAUUAUUCAUGAAAUUUUAAUAUAAACGAGUGUUUGAUUUGAUAAACUUGCCCAUUCUUCAUGUGGGUGAUCUCUGAUACAGUGUGGCUGGCUGAUGGUUCAUAAUCUUCUAAAAUCAAGUAGAUUCCUCAAUCAAUCUAAAAAGGCCCUUGGUUUGCCCAUUGCCUAUAGCCGUUGCAUCUGUGAUUCUAAAUUUGCCUCAAUGAAAAACAUGAAUGCUGAAGUUGCAUCUAGUUUGUAUACUUUUGGCUCCAGUGCAGAACCUGGCAGCAUAGAUUCCGUAUCAGGAAGUGAAGAUUCUAACACCUCAUCAUUGAGUGUUCAAUCCACCCCUGAAAUUGAAAAGAAGUAUGUGCACCAUGUCUAUGAUGCGAUUGCUCCCCACUUCAGUUCAACCCGGUUCGCCAAGUGGCCAAAGGUUGCCUCAUUUUUGUCAUCUUUGCCGUCAGGGUCUCUUAUCCUUGAUGCAGGCUGUGGCAAUGGGAAAUACUUAGGCUUAAAUCAUGAUUGCUUUCUCAUAGGAUGUGAUGUGAGUCCUCCCUUGAUUAAAAUAUGCGCAGAUAGAGGGCAUGAAGUUCUGGUUGCAGAUGCUGUAAAUCUUCCAUACAGAACUGAUUUCGGGGACGCAGCAAUAUCUAUAGCUGUGUUACAUCACUUAAGUACUGAAAAUAGACGGAGAAAAGCAAUAGAAGAAUUAGUACGGGUUGUCAGAAGGGGUGGCCUUGUCCUGAUAACAGUUUGGGCUGUAGAGCAAGAGGAUAGAUCAUUGAUUAGCAAAUGGACUCCACUUGCAGAGAAGUAUGUUGAGGAGUGGAUAGGACCGGGAAGUCCAUGUGCUCGGGCCCCUUCAUCCAUAACAUUAGAAAGCAUCCCAGAAUAUGAUUUGAGUUGCUCAGAUGAGCAACUGAGAAUUUCCAAGGAGCAUUCAACCAAGGAAAUCCAGGAAAUUCCAGAUCUAACUAAUCGGAGUCAAAAUGUAGUGAAGGCGAAGGAUGAAAAGAAUAUAAAGAGCAGACAGGAAUAUUUUGUUCCUUGGCAUUUGCCUUAUCACCGGGCUGAAAUCAGUGGUGCAUCUGCUCAUGCUCUUGCUACUGGUCUGGCAACAAAAGAUGACAAAAAGGGUGCUGUAGUGUACAACAGAUAUUAUCACGUUUUCAGAGAAGGGGAGCUUGAAAGGUUAGUAUCUGGAAUAAACAAUGCUAAAGUUGUUGAUAAGUUUUUUGACAAGUCCAACUGGUGUAUCAUUCUUGAGAAGACAUUGUGAUCAAGAAAGAAAUGUAGCUGAUACGUCAAUAACUUAUCAAUGAGAAGCGAAAGUUGAAGAAUGACCACAUUGUGCUUCUUCAGCUGCUAUUUUGGAGCUCUCUGUUUUCCAUAAUCGUGCGAGUGGAAGGGGAUUUGUAAUUGCUGCAGCAUACAAGGGGAAGCCGAUCACUUGAAAGUUUUACCCAUUAUGGUGUAAAAUUGCUAAUUUGGUUAUAUUGAUUUGAAUUAUGGAAGGAACACAAUUCGACUAUAUAAGCAUCAAGGAUUUUAUGCCUUGCUAUUUUUAUCAGCGUUUUAAAAACCAGACUGAAUUGGCUGGUUCAACUAGUUGAACUUGGAAUUAGCUCUUA